UGUAAAAAGUUCAGUGUGGUACAGUAGUCAUUGCAAUGCAAAGAAAAAUCAAUUUUAUCCGAUAAGAAAAUAAGAGUAGGAGUUUAAAUAUUGAUUGAAUGAUAUAAAGGAGUGCUUUUUGUGAGCAACAAUGACAUCAAUGUUUGACCAGUACAACAAGACUCUGAAGAGAGAUGAGAGCUCCAGCAAGAGCAGUGCUGUGGUGACGCCAACUUCCAGUGGUUACAUCUCGGUCAGGAUGUCACAGGAGGCGCCAAUCUUCAGCAAACUGAAGAUGAAUAUCUCCAUGCCGCAUGUCAUCAACCACUUGACUGUGUCCAAUGGGUGGCUGAUGUUGGUGAUGGCCAAUAAUGUAGUGUUCCGUAUGCAACUUGUUGACAUCAAUCGCUCUGAUGAGGUGCCUCUGGAGAAGUACAUGGCUGGCCAGGAGAUAGCCAGAGUGUUCCUGGAUCCUCUAGGUGCACAUCUGUUGAUUGCUCUUGUGCCUAAGUCCACACAAUUCGUCCCAGAACUUCUCUAUCUGCAUCGCAGUCAGAGCAAGCCCAAGAGGAUUGACAAAUUUCGAGAUCACGAGAUUACCUGCGUAGCCUUCAACUAUGAAAAUGAUUCAGAGACAUCCACAGGAGCUAUUUUGCUAGGAACCAGCCGUGGUCUCAUCUUUGAGGUGGAGUUGGCAGUGGAAAGCGAUAAAGUUGUCAACAACAAUUGGAAGCAGCUGCCAAACUAUUUGCCCCUCUACGGCAGCAGAGAUGAUGAGGGAUUGGUCUUUGACAUUGGUCGCAAUGAAAAUAUUCCAAUUACUGGAAUUGAGUACUUCAGAGUUCCCAGCACCAAUGAAUACAUUGUCUUGGCUUCGAGUCUCGAUCGUUUCUACAAGUUCCAGGAGACUAUCAAAUCCGAUGAUAGACAGCCGCUUCAAAGUAUUUUCAACUCCUACCUAAAUGUUCCCGAAGACAUUCAGGACUUUUACGAGAUUAAGAAUGUAGCCAAGGGAAAAACUACUAAACUCCGUGUCUGCUAUGACUACAAGAGUCACUUCCCACGAUCCUUCGGCUGGAUUACGGAACCGUGCAUUUUUUAUGGAGAAAUGGACCCAAAAUCCGAUAAUCCAGCCAGAAUUGUGCAUAACAAGAGAAUACCAUUUCCGGAGAAUGAGAAGAACAGUCCAGUAGCUUUUGCUCUGACCGAUUUUCAUGCUAUUCUCGUGUAUCCGGAUCAUCUUACGGCGAUUUCUCUGCUCAACUAUCAGACGGUCUAUGAGGAGUUUAUUAGUGAGAACUUUGGACCACUAAUGAAUGCCGUUAGAGAUUAUCGGGAGAAUGUAAUCUAUGUCUACAGCACCAAAGUCAUCUUCCGAAUUAAAGUGACCAAGGAAGAACGCAACGUGUGGCAGAUUUUUCUGGAGAGAAGUGAAUUUGAUAAUGCCCUCAGAUAUGCCAAAGACAAUCCAGCUCAUGUGGACAUUGUUCUCUGUCGUCAAGCUCAGCAAUGCUUCAAUCAGAGGGAAUUUAUCGAGAGCGCACGACUGUUUGCCGAGACAAAGAGUAGCUUUGAGGGCAUUUGUUUGAAAUUUCUGGAAAUUAAUGAAAAUGAAGCUCUGAUGCUUUUUCUUCGGAAGCGUUUGGAGGGUCUAAAGGCGCAGGAUAAGAGUCAGAUAACGAUGCUGGUAGUCUGGAUGGUGGAGCUGUUUCUGACCGAGAUGGCUAGGAAGAGUGAGAAUCAGGAGCAAGUGAGGAUUCUGCAGAGAGACUUUGAUGCUUUUAUGAAUACACCGAGAGUGGUUGAGUGCAUGAAGACCAAUCGAUCGGUUAUUUAUGAGUUGAUGGCUUCACAUGGAGAUGUUCACAAUCUAGCCACUUUUACAGCGGUCAACCGAGAUUUUGAGAAUGUAGUGAAUCAACACAUUGGUCAGGGGAAAUUUCUGGAGGCCCUGGUGGUGUUAAGAAGUCAAAAUCGGCCGGAAUUGUUCUACAAAUAUGCACCGAUUUUGAUGGAAGACAUUCCAAAGGAGACUAUUGCUGCAGCCAUGAUGCAGGGAAAGCGUCUAGAUCCUGUGAAGCUUCUGCCUACGCUAAUUGUUAUUGAGAGUGAUGUCCAUGUGGCUGAGAUAAUUAGGUAUUUGGAGUUUUGUAUUCAUUCAAUGGGCUGCACUGAGACAGCCAUUCACAAUUUCAUCAUAAAACUGUAUGCGCAGCAUCGUGGAGAGAAAUUGAUGAUCUUCCUUGAGACUCAGGGGAAGGAUGUUACAUUAAUUCACUACGAUGUUCACUAUGCACUAAGAAUUUGUAGGCAGCACGAUAUUCCGGAAGCCUGUGUCUUCUUGCAGUGUCUGCUGGAGAUGUGGUAUCAGGCUGUUGAACUGGCAUUGACAGUUAAUACCAAAUUAGCUCAACAAACAGCCUCAAUGGUGCAGGAUCGCGAUCUCAAACGAAAACUCUGGCUGAGAAUUGCUGAGCAUGAGAUUCGUGGCAAGGAAGAUGUGAAGGAAGCUUUGGAGUUACUAGGAGAAUGUGAUUUGUUGCGUAUUGAAGAUCUUCUGCCGUUUUUUUCGGAUUUUGAGCGCAUUGAUCACUUCAAGGAGGCCAUCUGUGAUGCCCUCAAGGAGUACAACCUGAAAAUCCAGGAACAGCGUCGAGAUAUGGAUGAAUCUGCCAAGUCGGCAGAGAAAGUUCGUGCAGAUCUGCAAUCAUUCCGAAAUCGAUCAGUAACUAUCUCAGCCACUGAUCAAUGUUCAAUUUGUACUGCAUGUCUUCUGGUUAGACCCUUCUUUGUCUUUCCCUGUGGUCAUAAGUUUCACGAGGAUUGCUUGGAGAAGCAUCUAAUGCCUCUUUUGGCCACUGAAGUGGCUCAAAGGCUUUCAGGAUUGAAAGUGAGGCUCAAUAUGCUGGGAGGAAGUCACACAAAUCAAGAAGGAGAUGCUCAGAAUGCCAGAGAAGCACUAAAAGAGGAGAUUCAAACAAUUGUCGCUUCGGAUUGCGUUUUCUGUGGGGAAUUGACCAUUGAGACUAUCGAUAAGCCUUUCAUCAGUGAUUGGGAUAGAGUCAAGAAUGACUGGAAUUGAAGAGGCAAAAUAGGUAAGAAAGUAAAAAGCAUAUUCUAUUGUGAUUUAUUAAUAUUAUAAAAAUAUAUUUAAAUGUGCAUC